UAUUAAAUAGGCAUGCCACCCAAAAAUAUGCUACUUUUUAUAAUAUAUUUAAUUGGGAAUAAUAUAAUAUAAUAAUAUAAUAUAUUAUAUAUUUUCCCCAUCUUUUGUCCAUGUAAGCAGUAUUACCUUCCCCAUUUCAAUUUGGUCCUAAUGAAAAGUGUCUGAGGGUGUACGUGUUUUUAAUAGACUAUGCAAAGUAACAAAUAUUAGGCAUGAUGAUGAUUGUGGGACUCAGUCAAAUAGUGCUGACAAGUAUAGCUGGAGCGUGGAGUGCAGUAUAUUAGUGCAAUAUAUUCAAAAGACCAUGUAAUUCAAAAAGCCGUACAUCAAUUCCUUUAAAAAAAAACACUUUAUCCUUUUGUAAUAGUCUUCCUGUAUUUUUUCCCAUUUUGUUUAAAAUAUAAUGGGCAUUGUUAAGCAUUUAUAUUUUCUCCAUGCUAUAUACAGUAAUAAGAAAAUGGAACUCAUUUUUUUUCUCAGUUCACAUUCCAAAGCCUAGAAUAAAUUGGGAGGGGCUUCCCAUCCCUUUGCGGUGCGAUUACAAGGCUGGUUAGACUACUAUAACACAAGCUCUUGCUACAAAGCUGGUUAUGCAAUCUUUGCAAAAUCCAGUAGUGACAUAACCCUAACUUACAAUUAUCUAUUUUGGAAUCUGAAACUUGUCAUGCUUGUUAUAAGUGACGUUAUUCCAAAUUGGGUCUGCAUUUUUCCAUUAAGUCAUCUUGCAUUUAUAAUCUUGGAAAGAACAGUAUUCCUUAUAGAGUAGUGCAAGUGCAAAGGGAUUGAGGAAAUGUAGCUUGCUUUCUAUGCAACUAUGCUUAAGGCAUCAGCUCAACAAAAUCAUUUCUUUUCACGUAUGGAAUUAUCAGAUAAUUGCUGGUCAUUUUGUGCCAGAGAAGAGGAGAAACUUGGAAGAUACAGUAAGAUGCUGUCUUCUCCAGCCCCCAUUUUACAAGUAAUUUAUAUGCUGGCUUAAUUUAAAUAUUUAGCAAACAUUAUAUUGUUGCCACAACUACUGGGUAAAAUAUCUUGGAUUAUUCAUAAACAAUGAUCACUGGCACAUUUUUUAACAUGGAAAUCCCUUGAGAGGAUAAAGGAAGGAAAAAAGGAGAACAUGGCAUUGGCAUCCUGGUUUGGAUGGAAUGAAUCUUCUAAUCGUAUUUCUCAAAGAAGCCCAAUGGAAAUGGUGACUGAAACCCUGAUGAUGGAGCUUGAUUGGCAGAUCAAAGAAGCUGAAAAACAACAGCGGGAGAAAGAAAAUGAGUAUCGCAAGAUCAAAACAGGAGUUGAUUAUGGUUGGCUGGUUAGCUAUCCCAAGCAAGGCUAUGAUAUCAGUCCAGGGGAGCGUCUUCAGCUGGAGGAUAUCUGUUCCAAAAUACAUCCAUCCUAUUGUGGACCAAUCAUUAUUAGAUUUCGGCAACUUAUUGCUGAAUAUGAACCAGAGCCUGGAGAAAUACCUCGGCUUUUCCGUUCUGUUCUGCACGAUGCCACCGAGAAGAUCAAAGAGGAAGAGGAGGCCAAGAAACUUGCAAGACAAUGGAACACCAAGAACAGAACCAGUCUCUCCCUCACCACAUUCAGAUCCCGCAUCAGGAUUUCCCCCUUCAGCAGUGAUAUCAAGACCAUUUCAGAAGAUGUGGAGAGGGGCAUGGAGCCGACCAGAAGAAUGUGGAGCAUGCCUGAAUUCAGGGAUACCAAGGACUAUUGACUUUAUUUGUGACAGUAGUUUUUUUUAGAAACAGACUAUUUUAUUUAUUUGGGGAUCUGUUUGCAGGAUGAUUAUUUUUGUCCUGUUUCUGAUCGUCUCUCUGUUGUGAGGAAUUCAUAUGAAUUCUUUUUAGGUACCUUUUAAUUCAGGCAUAUAUACCUGUAGGUUCCUGUUUUCCUUGGGCAUAUUCAUAGGAAAUCACUCAGGCAGAUUAUCUCACCUAUUACCAGUUAAUUAUGCUAUGGGCUUGCAUGAAAAACUGCACAUAAGUCAGCCUGGAUAUGUGUUUGCUUAUUUAAAGCAUUUAUAUAGCUGCCUAUCUUAUAACCAAUUCUUAUUUGAAGUCUGCUUUUUUGUCACCAAAAAGAGAGGCCCAGAGAGUAAUAGUGAAAAGCUUGCUUAUUUAUUUUAGCUUUCUUUUGGGGUUUUCCUCUCAAUCCUUUUGCUCAAUCCUUUUGUGAUCACACAAAAAUUGCCAUACCCCACCCAACACCCAACCACAAAUCCUAACCAGCCAUUUUGUAUCAUAUGCAAGGAUCCAUGCAUAAAAAAAGAAAUAUCUCAUUUAGAAUUUCCCAGCAUUAAAUUUGAAACAAAAGUAUUACAAAAUGGCAGUAGUUUAUUCUUUUUUUUCUUUUUGCCAAAAUGUUAUUGGACCCUGCUGUCAAUAUCAUCAGCUGGAGGAAUGCCAAUAACUCCUAAAUAGAAAUGUGAGUCUUGCAGGGUACUUUCGAUUAUCAAAUUUGAGGGGAGAGAAGCAUACACAAAUGGUUGAAAAAUUUUAGCACCUGGAAAUUCUUUCUUUUUGGUAAUUAGUUGCUAUAUAGCAGGGGUCUUUAAACUUGACCCUGUUAUGACUUGUGGACUUCAACUCCCAGAAUUCCUCAGCCAGUGUGCUUGGCUGAGGAAUUCUGGGCGUUGAAGUCCACAAGUCAUAAAAGGGCCAGGUUUGAAGACCCCUGCUAUAUAGCUUGAACUAUAUACAUCUUGACUAAUCAGUGACUACCAUGUUAUCUCUAUCCUAAAAAAAAAUAGGGACCUCUAUGUAGAUAUUUUAAGGAAAAAUGUUUCUUUAAAACUGAAAAACUAAAAAAAGCAGUGGGCUUCUAUGCUUAGAGGAAAAAGGAAUGCUUUGAAGCACCAUUUUCAAGGUGUAUCACCAAGGCAGUGCUUCCAUUUUCUCUUCCCUGGGUUGAAAAUUUCUAAAAUAGUUCCCUUAUUUUUAUUCUUAUUGCACACAUUUCUACACCACUGGUUCAAGAAGAAACAUAGUUGUCAAUUAGAUAUAUACAAUUUUUUAUUGGUUUUUGAUGAAAUAUAGUGCUGCCAUGACCAUGAUGGAAUGUAUCUCCAAUCCUGAGUCAUAAAUUUUACUGGGCUUAUUUUUGUGUAAUACUUAAAAGCCAUAACAAUGGUCACUUGAGUUCUUGACAUGGCUUCUUACCUGCAUAUUCUCUUCACACCGGAGGCAUGUUUCAAGCUGCCAAGGUUAAGUCCUUUUCACUGUUUUACUGCCCUAGAGAGAGUGUAUAACUUUGGUAUUGAAGAUGGGAGGAGUGACUGUCUUAUGUCAGAGUCUUUUGUGCAAAUAGUACACUGCGGUAUUUCAGUCAUUGGCCUAAAGAAAAAAUGCUUUUCUGUUUCUGUUGGAUAUCUUAUUUAUACAUGAAUAGGUGGUGGUUUAUGAUUAGAGCUUCAGACCAAUUCUUGAAAAUGAAAGCACUUAAGAGGGUUUUGUGCUGCUUGUAGAACACAAAUUUCAAGAAAUGCUGUUUGGCUUUCUUUAUUUUGUGGUGGCUUCAGCUUCAUUUUAGAAAGUUUUUGCAAAUGUUGGAUUUCCUGUAAAUAAGCAGAGUAUGCACUGAAGAAUUUUCUUUACUCCUGCUUACUUACCUUCUUUCUCAAAUAUUUUUGACAAAGAUACCAGCAAAUAACAUUGUUUAAUACCAAAUGGAUUUAGGGCUUCAGUUAUCAAUUAUGUGGGAGUGGGAGUACAGAGAUACUGAAAAUUUGACAAUCACACAUUUCUAAGUCAUCUAAGAAAACGAAUUUCAUUGUGGCCUUUGUUAUACUGUUUCUCCAGUGUUUAAAGAUUGGCACAUGCAAAUGUAAUCCUAACUCUAAAGUAGCCUGGACAAAUCUCAUGAACUACAGAUAGACUAGGAUUACCACUCCUAGCCAUAUGCUUAGUUAUAAACCUAACAUACUGGGAGGGUAAAACAUCAGUCAAGGCUGAUUUGAAGGCAGAAGAGCAGAAACUUGUGAGAAUGUCUCCUGUCUUUCUGCUCAGGCAGCCUAAGAAUGUGAGGAAGUUGCUGGUGAAUCCUUUGUUUCUAUAUUGGACAUGUUUUAUACAGCACAUUUUGAACAUGGUAAAUAUUUACAUCUCUUGUACAGUGGGCUCCCCCAUUGCUGUGUCUAGUGUUUUGGAUGCAUGGUCCUUUGCUUUAGGGCCUGAUUUGUGGGAAAAACUACAAAAAUAGAAAGCCAUUCCCAUGAUCACUUUUGUAUUUAGGAGUGAAAUGCUUGUUGCAUUCAAUUACAAAAGUGUGUUCCUUAAUUUUAGCUGCCUUGUAAUUGAUUGUGAUACUGUAGAUACAGAUAUGCUGUGUUCUGUUUAUUAACAGUUUCAGGGUUACUUCAGGUAUCCAGUUUAUAUACUGUAUCUUGACUACAAUUAGCAGUGUUUUUCUACUACUAUUAAAAUGCAAUUCCUUAAGUAAUCAAAAUAGAAACUGUGUGUUCAGGAGUUAUAUAGUUAUAUCUGAAUGUAAUGUCCAUUCUUACCUGAGAGUAAGUAGUAUUGAACACAACUGUGUAGUUGAAACACACACACACACACACAGACAUAGACACAAACACAGGAUUGAAAGAUUUUAUUUUUUACUGGAAUAUAUCACUCAGGUUGUAUCCAUAUUCCUACCUCCCCAGGAAAAUCCCACUGAAGACAGUGAAGAGCUGUACAUCUCAGUACCUACACAUAGGAUUCCAGUGCUAAUUGCUAAAUUAAACUGGAAGAAAGGUGGGUAAAAUGGAAAGAGAAGCUUUAAAAUCUGAUUUAGCAGAAAGCAUUCCUAUUAAAUGGUUGAUUAAAAAUAGGUAUCCACUCUGGAUGUGUUUAGUAAAUUAAGAAGAAGAUCCCACCAUCGAUUUAUGUAUUGGUUCCUUAUAUAGUUUUUUGUUAACUUUUGAUGUUUAUGGCUUUUUAAUUGUUUUAAUUGUUUUAUAUUACUGUUUUAUGAUGAUGUAAGUCACCCAGAGUUGUUUGAGACUGAGAUGGGAGGCAUAUAAAUUUAAUAAAUAAAUAUCUGUGAAACAUAAAACCAGCUGGUAUGCUGAGGAAUUGGCUUUCACAAAGAAAAAUCAAUCUUAUUAUCCGAAUUUUCUUUGGUUAGAUCAUCUACUUAUUGAUAUAGUUGGGCUUUUUAAAAUAUUUCAAACUAUUUAUCACUGAAAGUCUAAGGAAGUGGAAAUAAGAAAAGCAAUGAGAUUUCCUCCCCAAAUUUUAUCUGCACUCAUGAAGUAAAUUAUUGUCCAAAGGUCAAACUGCUUUCUUCACCAGGUUAUCCUUUUAAACAUUACCCUGAGGAUUGUGCUAAUACCUCCAUUUUUGUUUCUCUUGCUGAUUGAUUAGAUUUGUUUGAAAGAAAAGUAUAUAAAGCAUUGGAACAAUUAUGAUUUUUAUUUGGAAUUAAGUAGGUUUCAUUAUAGUGCUACCUGGCUUUUAUUCUUGAAUUUGUUACAAAUCACAGAAAAGUGCAAUUUCUCCACUGGCAGCUCUCAGAAGGUGUCUUGGGGAGGGGGGGAGGGAGGGGGAAAGAAAUGAAAGCUUGCAAUUGCUGAGUGAAGCUCUUCUACCAGGAACCCUCCACUUUAGCCUAUAUAUGAGUGCCAAAACCAAAUUCACAGCUUUUUAAAUUAUGAAUUCAAUUUUUUAAAAAUUAACCUAACACAACACCCCCCCCCCAUUUUAAAUGGAUGGGUAGACAGACAGAAAGAUAUAGGUAGGCUGGCUUCAGGUUACAUGUGGAAUUUAUUUCAGUUAAAACAACCUGAGAGUAUCCAUUUUAGUUUCCUGUUUAGUGCAGAUUGAAAAUAACAUUUCAUUUAUGGGAUUGGAGAUAGGUGAAAGCCAAUUGCUUAAUAGACUCUUGUUUUGCCUAGCUGCAAAGUAUUUUUUGCUUUCUAAUCAGCUAAUCAGAAAAUUACCUAAUGACUGAAACUCUUUUCUCAAUACUACACUUGAAUUACAAAAAAAAGUCAAAUCUAACAAAAGAUUAAACUGAUCUAAUUAGGCUUUCUAACAUGGAGUCAAUAUACUAGGAACUAGUCCAAUGCUUCUCAACUUUGGCACAUAGAAGAUGUGUGAACUUUUAACUCCCAAAAUUCCCUAAUUCUGGGAAUUGGAGUCCACAAGCUGCCAAAGGUUGAGAAACACUGAACUAGAUACUAGGAACACUAUUGAGUUACAUCAGAAUACAGGGAUGUGUUAUGAGAAUAUAAAAAAAUUAAAUUAACAAGUUAGUGCAGGGGUGUCAAACUUAAUUUCAUUGAGGGCUGCAUCAGCAUUGUGGUUGCCCUUACGGGAGGGUGCAGCCAGGGUCAGUGCGGCCUACUGGGUGGCCGUGGAUGGAGUGGGUGUGGCCUACAUCGUUCGCGUCAAGGGUGCCUGUGGGAGCCUGGGCAGGAGUGGGACAGAUCUGAGGGUCUCUGGCAGAAUG